AUGAUUGAGGAUCAUCCAAAGGAGUGGCAUCAUCUACUUUCUGAGGCCCUUUCGGCUUGCAGGAAUUCAAAAAGGUCAAGUACAGGCGUCAUACCAUAUAUGCUUACAUAUGGGCAUGAUGCCGUCCUUCCAAUGGAGAUGACUAUCAGAUCUACAAGGGUGGUUUUCCAAAAUAGGCUAACUCCAGCAGAUUACAACCAUGCCAUGUUGGCAAAAUUAGAAGAUCUUGAUGAAGUUUGUCUCAAUGCCUUAGACCAUAUUAUUGCUCAAAAGAAGAAAGUCAUGGGAGCAUACAACAAGAAGGUCAAGGCGAAGACAAUCGUUAAAGGAUACUUGGUAUGGCAAGUCAAGUUUCCACUAGGAGUCAGAACAUUGGAGUAUGGAAAAUGGACUCCUAAUUGGGAAGGUCCUUACUUGGUGAAACGAGUCCUUGGAAAAGGGGCUUAUAGAUUGAUGGAUAUAGAUGGAGGGUCUCAUAGGCAUCCUGUGAAUGGUGUGUACUUGAAAGACUACCACCCUUCCAUCUAUGAAGAUUGGAAAGCUACAUUCAUUCAACCAGCCACGUAG